UCUGGACAUAGCACUUUUACCCAGCAUUCACAGUCCUGCUGGAGAACAGCACAUUCUCUUCACUUGUUUCAUCUUCAGUAGAAAGCAGCAGGUCCCGCAUCUCUUUUCCUUCAUCUGUUUACAAGGCAAGCUUUCAGCCCUGGUUUUGGACAGAUAGGAUCCAUCUGAACUGAAUACUAAAAGCCUGAUGCCGUGUGUCUAUCAGGCUGCAGCAGUCAUCAGAUAUUCAGGCCGUGAUAAUGCACGUCCCUCCCGCAACGGAGGAAGAAAGCACCAUGAGUAACGUUACAGUUCUCGACAUCACCGAGUCUGUGAGUCCCGCCAUGACGCCGGCCGUCCCGUACCCUUUCCCGCUCAGCUUCCAGGUGUCCCUGACGGGAUUCCUCAUGUUGGAGAUCGUUUUGGGACUGAGCAGCAACCUGACCGUUCUGGCCCUCUAUUGCAUGAAGUCCAACCUGGUCAAUUCCGUCAGCAACAUUGUCACCAUGAACCUCCACGUGCUCGACGUGUUGGUGUGCAUUUGCUGCAUCCCUCUAACGAUUGUGGUGUUGAUGCUGUCUCUUCAAGGCGACACGGUGCUCGUCUGCUGCUUCCACGAGGCCUGCGUGUCUUUCGCAAGUGUUGCUACCGCAUCAAACGUGCUAGCUAUCACUUUGGACCGAUAUGACAUCUCUGUUAAACCGGCGAAUCGUGUGCUGACUAUGGGACGAGCGGUGGCUCUGUUGGGUUGCAUUUGGGUGCUGUCCUUUAUCAGCUUCUUGGUGCCGUUCAUCGAGGUGGGAUUCUUGGGACCGGAGCCCACCAAAGCCAAUCAGACUGUGGUUGUGCACGUCAACGAAUAUUACACCGAACUUGGACUGUAUUACCACCUAGUGGCCCAAAUCCCAAUUUUCUGUUUGACUGCCGUCAUCAUGUUGGUGACGUACGCUAAGAUCCUUCAGGCGCUCAACAUCCGCAUCGGUACGCGCUUCCACGCCACGCAAAAAAAGAAGAAAAAAAUUAGAAGAAAAAAGAACUUCUCUCUCAUGUCAACUUCUGAGCAGCAGCUGCCCGAGAUCACAGAUGCCUCGAAGAGCAGCAACCGUGGAAAUGCUCCGCUCGGCAUGCGAAUGUCCGUCUCGGUGAUCAUCGCCCUGCGAAGGGCCGUCAAACGCCACCGGGAGCGGCGUGAGCGCCAAAAGCGUGUUUUCCGCAUGUCAUUGCUCAUCAUCUCCACGUUCCUCCUCUGCUGGACUCCCAUCACUAUUUUAAACACUGUGAUCCUCAGCGCAGGCCCCAGCGACCUCACCGUCAAACUCCGUAUGGGUUUUCUGGUCAUGGCCUACGGCACCACGGUCUUCCAUCCUCUCUUGUACGCCUUCACGAGGCAGAAGUUCCAGAAAGUCUUGAAAAGUAAAAUGAAGAAACGGGUGGUUUCCAUCAUCGAGGUGGAUCCGCUGCCGAACAACACGGUGAUCCGAAACUCCUGGAUCGAUCCCAAACGGAAUAAGAAAGUGACGUUUGACGACCACGAAGCCAGGCAGAAAUGUCUAUCAUCCGAAGAUGCAGACUAAAACCGACCUCCAGGAUUGGGAACAGUUCUCAUAAAAACACUGUUACACAUAAAUGUGAAUAUUAGCCAUACAUGAGCUUAUAUUGAAAGAAUCGGUUCCUAUUUAUGACUUACUUGGUAUAUAAUAUGAUAUGGUUUCAUACAUGGUGCAUGUCCUUUAUAAACCACUCUAUGUAUUGUAAAUACAUGAAAACUCAUGCAUACUCUUUAUUAGUUACGUAUCUCAUUUAUGACUUGUAGACUGUGUAUACAUGUAUUUAUAAUAAACUAGAAAGGGAAAAAGACGAAAUCCAUCUGCUUUUGACCUCAGAUGCUGUGAAUAUCAUCCUGUGUAGGAAUAUGAACAUAU